CAAAUGACUAAGCCAGCUGUAACAUGAUGAGCGCUCACGUUCCUAUGUAGUCAGCAGGUAUUCUGAGACAAAAGCUCAGGUUGAUUGGCCAGAAACCCUAUCCUUUAAGUUUGAAGCGCCAAGUACUUUACUGCAAUAGCUGUUCGUACGGAGUGAUCCUGAGCUACAUUGAGGCAUCACUUGGUAGCCAAAGCCCAGAAAUUGCUCACCGACAACAUGCAGGUGACAUUCUGUAGACUUCGGACUCACCAAUGGUGCUUCAUUCUUUUUAAUGUCAUCCUGUUCCAUGCCUUGCUUUUUGGGGCUGACUUUGUGGAAGAAUACUUUCUGCAUUCUUUGCCUCAUGUAGAUAUGAAGGUUCUCGAAGUCAAGGAUAAAGCAAGAAAAUUGAACAUGGAGCCCCUGAAAAGUAAUCUCUCCACAUACUACAUUCUAAACCAGCCAGAAGUAUGUAAAGGGAAGAACAUUUUUUUGCUCUCUCUUAUUUUUAGUAGCCCAGGAAAUGGAACAAGACGGGACCUCAUCAGGAAAACCUGGGGUAGCAUGACCAGUAUCCAAGGGCACCUCAUUAUCACACUGUUUGCUUUGGGUAUGCCUGUUUCGGUAACAACCCAGAAAGAGAUAGAUAAAGAGUCCCAGAAGAAUAAUGAUAUUAUUGAAGGGAUCUUCUUGGACAGUUCUGAAAACCAAACCCUGAAGAUCAUCGCAAUGACACAGUGGGCUGUGACUUUCUGCCCUAAUGCCCUGUUCAUUCUUAAGGUUGAUGAAGAGAUGUUUCUUAACCUGCCAAGCCUGGUGGGCUAUCUUUUCAACCUAAAAGAACACCUUGAAGAUAUCUACGUAGGCAGUGUUAUCCAUCAGGGCACACCCAACAGAGACCCUCAUCGUCAAGAAUUUGUCUCUCUUAGUGAGUAUCCGGAAAAAUACUACCCAGAUUACUGCAGUGGUGAGACCUUUAUAGUGUCCCAAGAAGUGGCUCGGAUGAUGUAUGUGGUUUUCAAAGAAGUCCCUGUAAUGGUGCCUGCUGAUGUAUUUGUAGGAAUUUGUAUGAAAUCCAUUGGCCUUAUUCCCAUCCACAGUUCAAGAUUCUCUGGGAUUUUGGUGUGCCAGUCUCACCAGCAGUCCUCUCUGUGUGGAUAA